AACAGGGAAAUUUCUGACAGAUUUUUCCUAAAUUUUCCACCGGCUGAUCCUGUUAAAAUUAUUUUUUAAUUUUAUCAUAAUUUAAAACAAAAAUUGGAAUUUAAUUUUAUUCGAAUAUUCACCUAUAAUAAGGGGCAAAUGUCUGAAUCAAAAAGUACUGAUGAAGAUGGUGAUCCAGUUGUUAAAGAGAUACCAGUUUAUUUUUCAAAAACACUUGCGGAAAAAUUGUUUGUAUUAAAAUAUCCACUACGUUCUGCGCAAGAAGGUUAUGACAAUGCAGUAGUUUUAAAGUCGUCAAUUAAGCCACAAAAUCAGGAGAUUCAAAUAGAGGUUGCUUUAAAUACACAUAGUGUGAAUUAUGAUCAAUUUAAGGGAGAACAAAUUGCAAAUAAUGCCAAUGUACCGUCACGACAUGACAAGGAAGAGGAGGAAAGAUAUUUCGAAAGUGACCUCAUGGACAAAGUAGUUCUACAAUCCAGUCGUUCUGUGCCAUCGAAUCGAAAUAUUUUCGCCGUUGGCGUUUACCAGGACGGAGAUUUGCACCUGACUCCAUUGAAGGGAAUUCUUGAAAUGCGACCUGCUUUUCAGUAUUUCGACAAACAGGAUAAGCGGUCAAAGGACGACAAUAAAGAUGCAGAAGUUGAAGAAGAGGAGGAACCUGCGAAGCAAGUAAAUGUUUCAUUUGCUCGACAAAAGCCAGAUCAUAUAAAAAAAUUACAGGAGCAAUCUUUCAAGUGCCAAACUAGUAAAAGUUUCGAAGAAUCAUGGAUACAUACAAAAUACAUCCCGGCGACGAAUUCCAAAGCAGAACUAUCGAGAAUGGAAAUGCUAUGUCCGCCAGUCGAUGACGCGAUGAAUAGUUUAAAUAUGUCUAAAAAGGAUUUUUUGAAAAAUUUGUUACCGCCAGCUAUUGAAGAACCCCUUCCAGUCGUUCAUCAACCUAAUUAUGUGACUUCUUUGAAUUAUAUUCGAACACUACCUCUUCUCGAGCAAAUUCGCUAUCUCAUGAAAGACGCAAAAGUCAUGAAUUUUUCGGAAUUAAAAAAUACUAUAUCGUCGGAACAUGAGACAUCAAUGAUUUUAAAGUACCUUCAACAAGUUGCAGUUCUCGUACAAGGAAACUGGAUUAUUAACAGUGAAUUAAUUUAUCCAAAGGACACAAAGUCCCAUCAAAAUGGUAUUCCCGCUGAACUCAUGUGCAGAGCACGAGAUUUUGUUUUAUCAAAAUUCACCGAGAGUCAGUACAUUGACCGUAGAGCGGUCUCAUCUGCCGUUAAAUUGCCAUCAGAAGAAAUUGCCGAAAUUCUCAAGAAUUUAGGACAGCAUCAAUAUAAAAAAGGCUGGCACUUGAUCCGGAGUCCGGAUUUAGAAUUUUCUAAAAGAUUUCCAGAAAUAGCUCAAAGACAGGAAAUAUUUUGGGAGGCAAAGAAAAAGCAUUUGCUUGAAUCGAUGGAAGUACAAAUGACUCAUCGACAACGUCGUAGAUCAAAUCGAGAAUCAGUUGGUUCGGAAAGUGAGGAAAAAACAACAGGCAGAGGAAGAAAGUCAUUGAGAGAUUCGUCAAUGUCCGACAAUGACAGUACAACAGAAACGGUGAAGCACAAAAAAACCAAUAAAUCAAAAAAAUCAUCCGAGGCCACGUGACCGAAACUAAUUAAACGAUAAGGUAUUAUCUAAAUAAUUAGGGGAAAAAAUUUAUUUUUGAUUCAGCCAACAAGGGAUUUUUUCACUGACUUGAGCAUUAUGAGAGAAAAAAAACAAGAAAAUGCUCAUUUGAAGAUUUAAUUCUUCAAAAAUUUCCUUUUAAAAGUGAAUAUUUUCUACGUGUCGAGGAUAUUUAGUGAGAAAAUGAAGAAAACAGGGAAAAUAUUUUACAGAAAGGCAUUUCUAUUUUUACUAUAUACUUCCUUUUCAGUUUUUAAAAACAAAUUUUGUUCUUCUCUCUUUAGAAAUAAGUAACGCUUUUAAUUUUUUAAGUUUAUCUCUCUGUUCUGGAAGUUUAAUCUAAUUUUAAUUUUUGAGAUAAAGCUAAUUAAUUUUUUAAGUUUAUCUCUAUCGUUAAUUUUGGUAUAUUUAAUUUUUAUACUCUAGUGACAAAACUGUACAUAAUCAGGAAAAUUACAUUUUUGUCUAAAGAAAGUUUUAGAAGUAUAAAUUUAGAUACAAUAAUUAAAAUAGUAUUUAUUGUUAAAAGAAGCAAAUAAUUGAAGUCAUUGUAAAAAUAAAUAUGACUUUGUACAUAUUGUGAUGAAGUUUAAAAAAACUGAAGUAAAAUAUUUAUUCUUA